AUGAACUUCUGCACCUGGAUCUUCGCUUGGAGCGUGGCUGCGGCCACAGGCGAGAAGCCCGCUCCGGUAGACAAGCUUGACGUUCCGGCUUUCCUGGGACGUUGGUAUCAGACGUAUGGCAGCUUUUCCGUGAAGUAUGCCACGGAGCUGGGAGCCGAUUGCGUUUACGUGGACUACGGAGCACUCUCUAACAGUAGUGCCAUUUCUUUGGUGAACUCAGUGCAGGUCUUUGGACAUAGAGUGAGCGUAGAGGGGUUUGCUGUGCCAAGCCCUGACCGCGUUGGAAUCUUCGACGUGUCUCUUGGUCCACCAGGGCUUGCACCCAAGGCACCCGAGCCGUUUCGCAAGUCAAACUACAUAGUGCUGAUGCUGGGACCACGAGUGGGCGGAAAGUAUGACUAUGCCGUGGUUACCGAUCCGACCUUUCUGUCUCUCUACGUUCUCGUGCGGGACGUGUCUCGCUUUGGACGACUGCAUGAAGCAGGCGUCUUGGACAAAGUCUCACAAAUGGGGUUCACCUCGUUUCUGAACCGGCCGCGACGGACGAACCAACAUGGCUGCAAGUACAGCGAUAAAGACGGCACAGCCGUCGUCGUGUGA